GGUCCUCUGCUGCCGUGUAAUUCGUGCAGUACAAUUAGUUAUAGCGCACGCCCGGACAACAGAGCAAAGGCUGGGUACCACUCGGACGGGAGAGAGCUUUUCUUUUGAUUCAGUGUUUUUAAAAGGAACUUUCUGAUGACGGCUGUUCUUUUCUUUUGAGCGCAAAUGAUCGCGCGCGCACGUAUAUCGCCAUUUUACACCAGCGCGUGCCCUGGACGUAAAAUGUUAUCGGGAUGAAUCCCCCGCUGCUUUCCAUCGGUAAGCAAAACGAGAUGUGCUUGACUUAGCUUUGUUUGCCGACAAAUAACAUGAGCGGCAUCCGUUGUCUGGAAUCCGAAUGAAAGCCUGCGCAUUGCGGUGCGGUUUGUUUUCGUUUCAUCUCGUAUUUUGGAGCGUCGGGCAUCCCCUCCUCUCCCACGCAUCACUUAAUCGAUAAUCGAUUGCAUGGACUUGGGACAGAUGUUAAGCUUUCUUCUGUGCCAUCAUCGCUGCAUGUGAUACAUCGCAGCUCUAUUUGGAACAUCACUGGCUUUCCUGUGUCAUAAAUGAAAAACAAACCCUACCCUCUAAAAUUCACACCACCAUGGGAGAAGAAUGCUGGCUUUGGAAGGAAACACAAGUCUUGCACGAGAAACCACACCAAAAUAAUCGCCAACCCUGGAAUUGUGAUGAAAGUGCUACGGCGGAAGAAGAUCAUCAUGCUUCUGGCCUAUUUUCUGCUGGUGGCUUUGACCAUGCUGAACCUGGCUAAUUACAAAUGGACCAAAGAGCCACAGCAGUGCAACCAGCCGAUGCAGGGAGUGAACUUCCAAAGCAGAUCAGACAUCCGUUAUCUUUACAAAGCCCCGCAGGUCAAGAAAAGGCAGCUGGUGUACGUGUUGACCACUUGGAGGUCCGGCUCGUCCUUUUUCGGGGAGCUCUUCAACCAAAACCCAGAUGUGUUUUUCUUGUAUGAGCCCAUGUGGCACAUUUGGCAGAAGCUGUACCCGGGGGACGCCGUGUCCCUCCAAGGAGCGGCCAGGGACAUGCUGAGCUCUCUUUACAGGUGCGACUUCUCCGUUUUUCAGCUGUACAACAGUCCUGGGGGCAAGAACAUAACCACUCUCGGACUGUUUGGGGCCGCCAUCAACAAGGUCAUCUGCUCCUCCCCCUUCUGUACGUCCUACAGGAAGGAUGUGGUGGGAAUGGUGGACGAAAAGGUUUGUAGAAAGUGCCCUCCACAGAGUCUUCAGAUGCUGGAGGAGGAGUGUCUAAAGUACAACACUAUCGUGAUCAAGGGAGUUCGCAUUUUGGACGUCAACGUUCUGGCCUCCCUAAUGGAGGACCCUUCUUUGAAUCUGAAAGUGAUCCAUUUGGUGCGAGACCCCAGGGCGGUGGCCAACUCCAGGAUUAAAUCCCGGCACGGACUCAUACGGGAGAAUUUGCAAGUCGUACGCAGCAGAGACCCCAAGCUUCGCCGUGUGCCAUUCGUGGACCCCAACCACAAAAUGAACAAAAAAGACGGGUCAGAUUACCACUCCAUUGGAGCCAUGGAGGUGAUCUGCGAACAAAUGUCUAGAACUCUGAAAACCGCUCUUCACCCUCCCACCUGGUUCAAAGGCAAAUACAUGACGGUACGCUACGAGGACCUGGUGGAGAACCCCAUUAAAACUGUUCGGAAUGUUUACCGCUUCGCUAAUCUUUCAGCCAAUCACGACAUUGAGAUCUUUGCUAUGAAUAUGACGACAGGACCGAACGCCUCCACCAAACCGUUCAUCGUGUCCUCCAGGAACGCCACGCAAGCGGCCAGCGCCUGGAGAACUGUGUUGAACUACCAGCAGAUCAGACAGGUGGAGGAGUACUGUCAGCAUGCCAUGUCUCUGCUGGGAUACCUGCGCGUCCGCAGUUUAACCCAACCUUCUGGGUAG